UAAUGACCGCUCCCUGCGUGUAGCGGGUUAUUUAAAUAAGGCGGUAAUGGGUGGAUCAUGAAAGCCUGCCAAAGAGAUUAUUAUUACGAUGGUGAUACAAGAGACUGCCGCAGCUGUGCUCAUCUCUGCCACCAGGCUGAGGUCCAAGGGAGGUUGAAGAAGUGUCAAGAUUUAUGUCCCGUUGAGGAUGCAAACGAGAAAGCAGUCACUGUUACUGAGAACUUGAAGUCUUCGUCUGCCACGUUGGUGAGUCCAGAUGGGAUAACGGUGCAAGAUGCUUCUCCUCAUGCUGUUGCCAUCGUCUGUUUGAUGUCAUUUUUCCUGGCCGUAAUACUAUUGGUAGCUGUUGUUGCCUUCUGGAGAUGGAAACAGAGACAAACACCCCGAGGACCAGUCAGAUAUGACAACAGAGACAUACAAACGACCGAAGAUGACACAGAAGAGACCUUAAUGGGAGAGCAAACAUCCAGUGUUUAAACACUGAGACUCACCUUUCAAUAUUGGCUAUCGAUGUAUCUCCAUCUUCCAUAAACCGAUGUUUGCUGCAAUCUACACAACUGUUGUCAAUGUCUAUGUCUAACAUUUAAUCAUCUCAUCAUUCCAAGCAAUGGCAAUCACAUCUGCAUGUUUGACAUGUACAUACUGCCAUAAUUAUUCAUCAACAUAUAUAUUCUCAUGUCCAUCUUCAGUAUGUGUUAUUAUAUCAUAAACAUUCAAUACCAUGUUGUCAUUCAAAUCCCAUAUUCACUGAUAUAUCCAAAAUGAGAUACUGCCAUUAACAACGAUAUUUCAUCAUGUAUUGUUUUUCUCAUACGUGCAACUGUAAUUAAAAUUCAAGUGGAAUUUCAGUAUUUUCUCGUUUAGCAGACAAACCCGAUACAAGGUACUGAUACUGACACAUGCUCAAACGAAUUGUUGUGUUUUCUAUGCAUACUGAUAAAACCCGGCCUGCCAUUGUGUGUUCGAAGAUGGCAGGAGAAAUGCCCAAGGGUUUUAUAACGUUCUUUUGGAAAUGUUUAUUCAGGUACAAUGUUGUCAGCUAGUAUGCAAAAGUGAAAUAGUGAGGUCUUUGAAUAUCUGGUUCAAUUCAGCAAUCCUUACUUUUAGGCAUGAAAUGUUAGAGUCAAAAUUGGUUUGGGUGCGUGAAUUGUACGGUUGAAUGAUAUUGUGUUAAUCUAAACAAAAAUACUUUCGUAAAAUUUCUCAAAUGAAAAAACAGUAACUGUUGGAUGGGAACUUUCACGAGAGAGCAACCAUAACGAAAAUCAUGAAUCUAGCCUUAUAUAACACGGAUUUUGUAUUUCACUCUCCAGGAGUCUUCCCACCUUAUAGGCAUGACACACCACACUAACACAUUCGUGUGUAGUUAAAGAUACUGCCAUUCUAGUUUGUGCAGCUGCAGUAACCGUAGUACAUUUUCAGUGAUUUGUGUACAUUUGUAAAUUUAGUGAAUUUUAGAAUACAAUUGUUAAUUAUA